GAAGUCUUUUGAAGUCUUUUGAAGUCUUGUGAAAAUAUGAAGUCACUGCGGCUGAAGUCUGUUGAAGUCUGUUGAAGUCUUUUGAAGUCUUGAAGUCUUGAAGUCCGCUGUUUCCCCCUUGUGCUAUUAUCUAUUUCUAUGCCAUCAAAAUUGCGCUACUUUUGGCGACCAAUCGCGACACUGGAAAAAAUCGGGAAUUAAUUGACAGUUUUUAAAUAGCGAAACAAAUCGUCGAUAAAUCACAAUUAAUCACUGACCUUUUGGAUAUUACAAUAAAUCGCGAUUGAUCGGUGAUUUUCCAACAAACUUCAACAGUAAAUAUUAUUAUACAAAAAAUUAAUAUUUUUCUUUAUUUUUUGUUCGUCUGAUCAUCUUAAUGAACGGUAACUAUUAUUUCAUAACAACAAAUAUUUCUUUUCUUUUAUUACCACCAUUUCACGGCAACAGGCUAAAACAUCCUUUAACAUAUGUUCUUCGGAAAAAAUGUUCCUGAGAAAUGGUGCCUAAAGGUAUGGUUCUCUGAAAAGAUAUCUUCCACCAUCAAAAUGUCCUUUCAGUGAAUGUGAACAGCACUUGAUGAUAUUAUGAUGCCGGGUAUGGUUGUAGAUUUGGAUAUGUGUAGAGUAGAGGCUUUGUCUUCGUCCACACUGACACCCUCAUCAUUAUGUUGUGCGAUUUCAUUCACUUAAAAGGUUUCCGCUUUGAUAUUUAAUAAAUUAAGAUAUAAGAAAAUUUAAUCGUAUUCUAAUAAAAUUUUCUUUCGUUCUUAUUGGAUUUAUUUCUAUACGAAAUGAACUAUGAAGAUAAACAAUUUAAAUGCCUGCCGAAGUAUUGUUGAAUAACAGCGUCAUCUACGUUUCAGUAGCAUUGUAUUAAAAAGACAACAAUUAAGGACGACGGAUAUUUUCAAACGAGAGAUCACUUCUCAAGAAAAUUUUCCAUUUCAAAAUCUCAAUAACAAAAUGGUCAGCAAGCAUUGUUUAUUUUAAAAAGUUGCAUUGGUUACUGUGUAUCGGAAGCAAGAAAUCAUCUCUUUCUCUUUUCAUGAGAAAUAUAUAUGAGCAUGUUGGUGAGUGAUUGGGGGGGGGGGGGGGGCAUGUUGACAUAUAGUGACAGUUAUAGAUUCAAAUAUUACGGCCAGGUUUGAUCAUCAUAAAUAUUAAAUAAUUGUGAUUUUCUAUAAAAAUCAGAAAAAUGAUUAGGAGAAUUGCCAAUCUAGGUAAUUAGUUGUGAGAAAUUCGCCAGUUUUUGCGCGAUUUUCAUGAUAUGGUUGGUAAUUUCUUUGCACUGCGUUUUCAUAACGAUAUCUGGGUUUAUCUCGUGUUUGAUUCUUAGUAAAUAAAUAAUAAAGGUCGGCGGUAGAUUUUUACAAUUGGCGUCGUAAAUCUAAUGAUUUAUUAUAUUUAAGAAGAUGCUAAUGAAUAGGAACGAGAACAGCUAUAUAUCACUCAUUUAAAUCCGAUCUGAUUUUGUCGGAUCUCUUAAGUUUGCGUCGCAGGAUCCGAUAAGAUCAUUUCUCAGUUAAAUGUUUCUCUGAUUCUGGGUCACUGGAUUAUGGACUCAACCCGAUAGACUCCGAUCAAAUUCAAUAGUCGAAUUUCUUCACCUGGGUUGUCUUCAAGACUUCUCCAGAAAGUUUUUUUUAAAUAAAAGUUACAUAUUAAAAGUUACUGAGUAUGAAGAUUUCGUCCUGUUCUGUUGUGCUUUAUUGAAGCAUACGAAUUCAGCAAAUGUGUCUGCUUUUCUCAGUAUUAGAUGAGAUGAAGGUUACUCUGUUUUGUUUACAUCUCCAUAAUAAUCAAUCUUUUACUAUUAUUUGUUUCUUAGAAAAAAACAAAAAAGAAAAAGUUACAGGCAGGUAAAUGGAAACUUCAACGAGAAAGUAACCGAUCAAUUAAAAAAGAAAAAGCAAAAAGUUUAAAAAUAGUCAAAAUAAUUGAUUGAAAGCUUGAAAAUAAAAUAUUACUUAAACAAUUCUUAGGUAUAUAGAACAGAGAAGAAAAGAGAAAAUUUGAUUUUUGAGACAAUGAAAAUAUCAAUAUUUAAAAAAAAAAGAUAUCGUUGUUCUUUUUUAUUGAUAACGGAAUAAUUUUUCUCCUGCAAUGACUGGUUACAUAUGAACAUAUAUGCUUCAAUCCCGAUUCUACACGCAACGUACGCAUGUCUUUGCUAAAUUGAAAAUAUGAGUUUUUGUUAUUAAAAGACGUGCUGACUCAAUCGUUGCUAUCCCACUUGCACAUCUUUUCGUUGGUUUAUGUUGACACAUUUAGUCAUGCGGUAAUCAAGGGAAGCUUCUCCGUAUGUCAUUAAUAGUGGAAAAGAAAUCAAAAUGACGUAUAUACAUGUCUCAACCUUUUUUUGUUCUUCCUUUCAAAUGGCGUAUAAAAGCAACAAGAUGAAUUUUUCCCUUCUAUUUUUAUUCUCACAAACAAAGGGUAUCGAAGAAAUAAUUGUACAUCGCAUCAUUACCAAGAAUGACUAUUCUUCUUGAUAAGUUUGAGUAAGUGAAAUUUAUUCUGUAUUCAAGUAAAAUAAGAUUGAGAAGAUUGAUUAACGUUAGACACCUUCUUUUUUAGUCUAGUACAAUUCAGCGGAUUUCUUCAAUACUUUGUGGGCUCUGAAAAAAAUUUCACUACAGAAUUCACAACAGUAGAAAUGGAAUGUCUAUUGAUGUAAUGUUAGAUAUCUCGACUAAUUGUUGUACCUGAUACCGUCAUAUAAAAGUAGCCGAUUUUGACACCUUUCUUGAUAAUACAGGUAAUCGCGAUCGUAAUAAAAGCUUUUCUCUUGAGUUAUGGUUGAUAAACCGGUUGGUUGUAGAAAGGAAAACUGAUGAAAAAAUCAAUGCCACCAGAAUGAAGCGUGCAGGGUGCGGGUGUUAGUUGUAGUGCGGACGUGGGCACACCCAUACCCUUGUUAACAGUGUUAGACGAUUGUAGAUCUAGGUAUAUUGUUUAAAUAGGUUUCUUCCAUAACAUAUAGAAACUUUGAGUUAUUUUGUAAUCCAUUUGCGUCACGAACUCGGGAUAUCGAUAUUGGUGAAAAGAAGACUAAAACUCACAUCCCCAUGCCACAUCUUACACCUCCACACUCAGGAUGGGAAAACUUUCUACUUUUUUUGGAUACGACUGAGGAAAAAAAUGAUUUUGAUAUAUUCAAGGGAAUCUUUUUCAUUCUAGCUCGUUAAUAAUAUCUCCUGAAGAGAUUAAAGCAAAAGAUCUUCUCAAACAUGGCAAAGUUGAUCAAGCUAUUGCAAUCUAUCAGUGUUUGGAAUAUGAAUCAGCUCGAGUACUCAUGAUAAUUGGUAUAUUAUAUACUGAAAAGAAAGGUGAUUAUCAUACUGCAAUAAUAUAUUAUAGCAAAGCACUCAGAAUUCAAGAAAAGAAUGGUGAUGAUAUCAGUAACACUCUGACUGAACUUGGUAUUGCUUAUCAAAAUCUUCAUGAAUUUGAUUUAGCUUUAAAUUAUCAUUCUCGUGCUCUCUGUAUACGAAAAUUGGCUCAUACUACCAAUCAAACAUUAGUCGCCAGUAAUCUUAUUGGAAUAGCAAAUGCUUAUUGGGGUAAACAUAAUUUAACUGAAGCACUUAAUUAUGCUCAACAAGCAGUAGCUUUGAAUGAAUCGAUUGAAACUGGAAAUGAAUUGAACUUGUCAACAAAUUUAGCUAUACUAGCUAAUAUUUAUCAUAGCUGUGGCAAUGAUCAAGAAGCACUUGAAUUAGCUACACGAGCCUUAGCUCUUCUUGAACGUUGUGUACCAUCUGAUUCUCCUGUAGUCGCCUCAUUCUUGAACAAUUUAGGAACAAUUCAGAUCGGUGUAGGAUUAUUCUCUGAUGCUCAAUUAAGUUUUGCCAGAGCAUUGACUAUUUGUGAAAAAUGUCUUCCAAAAGGACAUCCAAACCGAGUGGUAAUGGAAAGUAAUAUUGAACGAAUAACUAAAAUGGAACAAAACAAUCAUCAAAACCUAUUUUCUCGUUUAUGGAAGCUUUCAAUAAAGACUUUACUUUCAUAG